CCACCAGCCAGGCCCUGGCGCUGGCUUUGGCGACACCGGGAACGCCAAUCAGCUCGCAGUCGCACCUGUUAGGUCGCUCUCCACCCGGUGCCUCCGCCCCAGCGACCGCCUCCGCCUCCGCCUCCGCCUCCAGCGGGGCCGGGCCGGGCCGGGCCGGGGGCGGGCUGCAGAGUGUGGGAAGAGGCCGACCGCCAGGGCCGGGCCUCCUCCAGGGGACCCCAAGGGACUGAGCGCGGAGGGCUGGGACGGGGAGGGGCGCCCGAGCAGGCGGGAGAGGUGUGAACCGGCCGAGAGGGCCGGGAGCCGGGGCGUCGCCGCUCGCUUUACGCUUUACUGAGCCGGAGGCGGAGGCGGCGGGCGGGCUGAGCCGCAGGGAACAUGGGCUUUGCACCAGCCCCGACAUUGCUCCUCGCAGCCCCGGCACCGCCGCCGCAGUCCCUCCCCGGGCCGCGGCGCCUGUUAGGCCGCGCAGGCUGAGCGCGGGCGGCACCCCGCCCCGGGCUGGAGGGGAGGGCGCAGCGGGGCGCGCCGGGGACUCCGUGCACCGGGAGGCCCGCGCCUCCCCCGAGCGCAACAGCUCCCGCUGCCGCCGGGCCGCGGCCAGGACGGAGCUCCGCCGCGCCCCCCGCGGGCCGGCGGCGACUGGGAGGCGGCCCGGGGCUGGGCUCCUCGGCUCCGCAGCCCCAGGCUCCCGGCGGCGGCGUGGGAUCGGGCGCCGCGGCGGCCUCGGAGCCCAUGGCGGGCAGCGACGCGGACGGCAGGGGGCCGGCGCGGAGGGGCGGCGCGGCGCGGCGGACGGCGGGCUCCGGCGGGCGAGGGGGCGAGGCCGCCGCCGCCGGCCGCCCCGAGCCGCUGUCCGCUGCUGAAGCGGCGGCCGAGGGGACCGAGCUGCCCGCCUGGAUGCGCCUCUACUUCUACGGGAUGCACGGCAUCACCCUGGACGUGCUGGUGUCGUCCGCGCGCCGCUUCGCUCGCAGCCCCGACCUCCGGAUGCUGGGCUUCUCCUCGCCCUACCGCUGCCUCCUGCACCUGCUCACCCACUUCGCCCUGGAGAAGGUCUACCUGCAGCGGCGGCGCUGCCCCAGCGCCUUGGUCUUCAAUUUCCUCCUCUACCCGCUGGCGCACGUGGGGCUGCAGACCCUGGCGGCCCGGGCGCUGCUGCUCAGCCUGGGCGCCGGGCCGGGCGGCGCGGGGGCGCCGGGGGCGCUGGACCUGGCGCUGCAAUACCUGCUGGCGCUCUACCACUCGCAAGUGUUCCUGCGCCGCUUCCUGCGCUUGCGGUGCCGGCGGCAGCUGCAGCCGCGACCCGGCGCCGCCCCUGCGCCUGCCCCGGCCCCGGCCCCGGCCCCUCCCGGCGUCCGAGCCCCCGCGGCGGCGGCGGGUGGCCGGCGGCGACGCCCCCGCGGCCCCCGGGGCACCGAAGGCGUCCCCAGCAAGGGGCUGCCGGACCUGCUCCGCUUUCUCUUUUACGGGAUGCACGGCUUUCUGGAUGAGAUCUUCUUCACCUUCUUCUUUGACGUGCUGGGACAGGGGGACCGGGCCACCAGCGGCCACACGUCGCUCUGGUCCUUCUUCAUGUACGGCAGCUGCAGCUUCGUGGUGGAAAAGCUCUAUUUCUACCUGCACUACAGUCGCGGCUGGAGCACCUGGCAGCGGGUGCCCAUCUAUGUGAUGUUCAUCUACCUGUGGGAGCUGUCCUGGGGCCUGGGCCUGCGCGCCUGUGGCGCCUGCUCCUGGGACUACUCCCACUACCCGCUCAAUUUCAUGGGCCUCAUUACCCUGAUGUAUUUGCCUGGUUGGAUAUUCCUUUGCGUGUACCAGGACCUGCUUUCCAACGCGUUGUGGCGAGUGCAGUACAUGCCAGCGGACUAAAGCAAACCGGUCUCUGGAUUCCCAUCCAUGAAUGCGAUUUAUUUUUACACGUUUAAAACGGAGUGGUCUUCUUGGCAUUUUAGUUUUCAUGAGUUGUACUAAACUCUUGCAGCAAAUUUCAUCUUAUCUUUUCGUUUUUCUGGCUGUUUGGGACCCGUGCAUGAUACCUUACUUGGAAAUAUUACUCAGAGUACUAACUCGUCCAUAUUAUAAAAACCCUCACAAGCCCAAACAUCGGGAAGCUGUAGGAUUCACCUGUGUGGGCAUAGGUGGCUGAUAACUCCUGUAUUUUUUUUUUUUUUUUUUUUUUUUUGGUGAGGAAGUUCUUCAAAUCAGAGGCCAGUGAUUUUUACCAGAUUUAGCAAAAUGUUGUGGUUUAAUGGUGUGUUUACUUUCUUUUUAAUCCAAUUUCACUUUAAUUCCUUGCCAUAUUUAUCGAAGACUGCCGAAAUCCAGUGUCUUGUACUCCUGAAACUACAGUUCAUAGCUCUUAAGUGCCUCCCUUCUAGCCUACAAAGUGGAAAGAAACUGACUAAUGUGAAACCAUCCUAUGAACUGAUGUUUAAAUAAGUCUUUUCUAGCAACCCCAGCAGGUGACACUGUGUUAAGUGUUUGAUCUCCAUCCGGGAAAUGAUGGUUUUCCAGCGUGAGUUAGCCUUAAACUCCGAGGUUGAUCAGAUCCUAUGUUAUCUGUGGCUGUCCAUGUUUGUUACUGUGUAAUAAUGUAAAAUGUUUACCUUACAUGUCCAAGGGCCAAGCCAAAUUAUACCAUCCUCAGUAGUGUUCAACCCUUAGGGGCCUUUCUCCGUGGAACUUCAAGAAUAGAAACAAUUCCUUGAAAGAAAAUGAACCUCAACGUUCGCCCUAAUUGCAUUAGGCCUACCUGUUUUCUGCAUAUUUCUGCCAUGGCUCACUUGUAAACAUUUUUUUUUUUUCCUUCUGGGCCCACUCAGAGUUCUUGGGCGAAGCCCGGUGUGUAAUUCAAACUAUAAAUCGAUAGUGUUUUUGGUGACUCAUUAUUAAUGUCUGCAAGUUCCAAAGUUAAAUGAGAUGAUGUAAACCAUUUAAAGAAAUCAUGUCUAAUCUAUUAAACGUGUAUUUAAGGUUG